AUGCUGUUCAUGGCCGUACUGGCGUUCUUCGGGCUUGCUCCAGCGGCAGCCCUACACGUCGACACUGGCGAUGGCGGCUACACGGGGAUAGUGGUCGCCAUUCACGAGUCCGUGCAACACCAUCCAUACAUCGUGGAAAAUAUCAAGGUUGUGGCGAAUAGUGGUGCCAGUGGGAAGAAAUUCACAGCGAGUACAAAGUCGGGCGGAAAAUGCACUCUAUAUAAACACUGCCAACUUUCCGAAGAUUGCAUAGUGCGAUUUUACGAGGAGGACUUCAUCGGGUCAUCCGUGAUGUUUAUGCCCCGUGACGGAAACGCUAGCGAGCUCACACGCGGGCUUAAAUAUAAUUAUAGUUCCCCAGUGCACACUCAACACUACUCUGUGUGCCGCGGCAAGUCGACGAGUGAAGUGAUCAACAGCAACGAGGACUUCAAAUUGUUGCACGACCCCAACAUGGAGAAGGCGAUCGAAAUAACUUUCCGAGAAGUUCAACGAAGCGAGGGACUCAACGGGCGCAUAGUACUGGUCUUCGACGUUUCAGAAGAAAUGGAGGUGGAUAACCGCAUAACAACCAUAAAAAAUGCGGCCGCAUUCUUCAUCCGAAGCGUCGUGCCGGACGGACACCGUUUGGCCAUUGUUGCGUUCGCCGAGAACGCCACGAUCAUAAGUGAGCUCGCCGUCGUUGACAACUCGACUCGACGAUCCCUCGUCACCGCAAUCCGCACCCUCAGCGCGACUGGACCUUGGGGCCGCGUGAGCGACGGACUUCGGAAAGCCAUCGAGGUACUCGAUUCAGGAAACAGAGCGGAAACUGGUGGGAUGAUUGUACUCGCGAGCCGCGUCACGGAGGGACAAAGCUAUGACGACAUCAGCGGCUUGGUCCCCUGGUUGGAAGACAACCACGUUGCCGUGAACACGGUCGUCUUCGGCUCCGGCGACAGCACGAUGCCGUCGCUUUUGCGGGAACGGACGCGCGGAAUGUCGCAUUUGGUCACGGACUUCGCACAGGAGUCUGAGCUCGAAGUGCAGAGCGGGGUUGAAGCCUCACUCGUGGAGUUUCUAGCAGCGAGGAUGGACCUGCAAGAGCAACCCAUAAUCGUUCUGAACGCACGGAAAGACUUUGAGGACAUCAUUGAAGUGAACUUUACCCUACCGAGCGGCACGGGCAAGGACACCCGGGUGCACAUUCUCGGCACAUCGCUGCGUUCUGUGAUCGCUUCACUUGUCAACCCAGACAACGAUGUCUGCGUCCGAUGCGUCGAGGCCAGAGAUGACGACUCGAGCAUCGACCUACACGUCCCUUCGGCGGCCAUGGAGGGAGUCUGGAAGCUCGUUCUUAGCAAGUCAACAACACACACCGGAAACUCUUCGAAUAUCGGUGUCCUCGUUACCACGUAUCAGAUGCAAUCGGACGUUGAGCCAGUUCGCCUGAAACUGUACACGGCGCCACUCGACGAAUCGACUGCUCAAACAAUUUUCGUCGACGUUUGGAAGGGAUUGCAGGCUGUGCUCGCCGCUGAGGUGAUCGCAACCAUUAUUGGAUUGAAUGCAUCGCAUCAUGCGGAGCUGAAGUUGCAACUUCGUGACGACGGCUUGGGUAUGUCUCACAAGUGCAGCAAAUUUAGCACACGAGGUCCCGUGGCCAUACCCUAA